CAAAACAAAGGCGGCGGCGGGCGGGAGAGCAGCGCGGAGCGGAGCGGCGGCAGAAUGCCUCGGCCGCCCCUCGGCCCCCAGGGCGGGAGACGAGCGCCCGGCCCCCGCCUAUGACCCCCCCUUCCCUCCCCCUCUGGCCGCCGCCGAGAAGGUACCUUCGAGGCGAGAGAAGCCGCCCCCGACGCACACCUCCCGCCCCCUCUCCCCUCUUUGUUUUUCGGUGAGGGCCCGGCGCUGAGCCGCCGCCGCCGCCGGCCGCCGUGUGCGGACCGGGGGUGCAGCCUCCACCCCUGCCCUUGCCUCUUGAAGGAAAGGGGCCUGGGGGACGCGCUGCUAUUGGGAGUCCGGGCUGGAGAGCGGAGCCGGCACGGCGCAACGGUUGUGACUGUUUCUCUUCUGUCAUUUGUGUGGAAAGUGCCACACACACUCCAGAACAACAACGGCUUUUGCUUGCAUAUUCCAGUGUUUCUUUUGUCAGCGAGUUCAGCAAAGUUGUAAUUCUUCAAGUGCCAGCCCUGAGCUGAGUGAGGAGCCACCAGCAGAGAUGGUAAAAAUGACAAAAUCAAAAACGUUCCAGGCUUACCUGCCAAACUGUCACCGCACCUACAGCUGCAUCCACUGCAGAGCCCACCUAGCCAACCACGAUGAAUUAAUCUCCAAGUCCUUCCAGGGAAGCCAGGGACGAGCCUACCUCUUUAAUUCUGUGGUAAAUGUGGGCUGUGGUCCAGCAGAGGAGAGAGUUCUUCUGACAGGUUUACAUGCUGUAGCAGAUAUCUAUUGUGAAAACUGUAAAACCACUCUCGGAUGGAAAUAUGAACAUGCUUUUGAGAGCAGUCAGAAAUACAAAGAAGGAAAAUUUAUCAUUGAACUUGCCCACAUGAUAAAAGACAAUGGCUGGGAGUGAAUCAUAACCAUUUUCCUUCUAUUUGGACAAUAUUCUGUGGAACAUGCUUUACAAAGACUUAAUGCAAAGUAAUGGAAGAGCUUGGCUAGAGUGGCCCUGAGAAUAUCACUGAACUCUGAAACCUCACAAAUGGGUAGUGUAGUGUAAGUGGCUAUUUCUGGCCAUGUUUGCCUUUUCUCCUUGUGUAAGGUCCCUCUUUUUGUACGUGUAUUACUGUGUGAACAGUUGUUUUGGAACAUUUUGGAUGACCUUUUUCUAAACUCUCUCAAACUAGAGAAACAGUUCACUAAUUGAAAGCAGAUUUUACUGGUUAGCAUCUAUCUCUGACCUAUGCCUUUAAUGCUACCUUCUGCUGUGCAUGCUUCUUGCCUAAACACCUACACUCCAGUCCUGUAGAAGUUCUGUAUCUGAGCAGUCUGAAAGAAUGUAUAGGAUGGGGUGCUUUUUUAUAUGUAGCAAUUUUCUGAUGUGUUUGGCAGUGAAGAGGAUGCAGUAUUGUAGUUAUUAAUUUCUUUUUUUAAAUUUGAGUGUACCACAACCUAUGUACAUCUUGUAGGUGAAUUGGUUAAAGGUACAGUGCUCACUUUAAAAAAAAAAUUUCAAUUGCACUGACUGAAGUUAGCAGGUCUCAAGUUAGGAAAGUUUAUGAUAGAGAUUUGGUAUCUUAUUGAAAUACUGUAGAAGAAUUUUAAAUUGAUAAUUCAGUAGAAUGUGUUCAUUUAAGACCAACAUAUUCCCUAAGGAGUUUGCUGGAUUAAAAAAUUUAUAAAACUAUAACUUGCAAGAUUAAAAAAGCAAAAAGAAUAUAUGCUUCUUCUAUUUUGGGGAAAAAAUAUUUAGUCAGUGUAUUAAAAAAAAAAAAAGUUCUGGUACUGUACCUUUGCCAGUAACAGGGACUUGUGCAUCAGUGAAGUUUUAUGGCUGGUUCCAUGUAACUGUAUAGUCCUAAUGCACUGGACAAAGAGGUUGAUAUCAAGGAAACUUGUUGAAGUAUUCUGCUUCUGCUACAUUUGAACAAAAAUAUUUAUUUUUGUGAGAAAUGGCCAGAGCCUAUGGCAUGAAAAUUAAUAUAGUACCUGUAGGAAAAGGAGGGGUAAUAAGAGGGAAGGGAAGUUUGACUCAGUUUUUCAUAAAACAAAACAACAAGAUAAUUUUUAAAACUUGGGGGUGGGGAAAGGGUUUCUUGGUUUGCUGGCUAAAUCAUCCCCAAGUACCUUUUUAUAAUAAAAUAUUAUAUGAAACUCACCUUCUCUUUUGUUUUUGCUCUAUUUCUUAAAUGGAAUGAGUUAAUGAGAGAAACUUCUGGAAAGUGUAUGCACCAUGUUAGCUGUUGGUAUCUGUGCAUGCAAAUUGUGAGCAACCAUAAAAGAAACACUUUAGAGAAAUUUGCUAACUCUAUUUUCAAAUUACAGUCUCUGAAAAAAUACAAUAAACUGUGUUUUAAUCCUCUUAAUGCUUCAGGACAAAACGUUUGGAAAAAACCCUAUAACACUACAGAAAUACUGUAACUGAACAACAUGGAAGCCUUGCAAUACAAAAUAGUUUUCUCUCAAUAACAAUUCUAACAUGGCACCUGUGAAAUUAGGAACUGGUGCUGUUGCUGCUGUGACUUUUCUGGGAAUCUCUGAUAGGCUUUCUGAACUCUGCUGCACUUUAGAAAAUUUGUCAUAUGUUAAAAAUUAUGCCAAUGGGUAGUGGCAAUACAAAUCUUUAAAACCAGCUUUCCAGUGUCUUUGUGGAGAGGAAGAGAGAAAAGGGGGAUCACCCACGUGUAGUCAUUCCCUGUGAUGCAGGCUGGCUGAACUGCAUUCAAGAUGUUGUAGUGAUUAAUACCUAUAAAUUCAAAAGGUAGGAAUUAGAGAAGUAGUUCAAGCUGUUGGCUUUCAGUCCAGAGACCUGAGGGAAGAACAGUUGUAUUCAGUCUGGAUUUUGUGGCUUACACAUUCCUACUUCAUGUACCCAUCAACACAGGCUUCCAAGUCUCCUUUUUAACAAUGUCACUGAUGCAAGAUGGGCUUUGGUGUUGCCUGUCUCUUGAUGGUUUUUUUUGUUUGUUUUUUUUUUUUUUUUUGACCUGGAAUUCUUGUUUAACUCUGUUGUAAUGUACGUUGCCAACAAGGCACUAAAACUUUUAUCAGCAAAAAGUUUGUGUUAGCUUCAAAGUCCAGUUGCAAUGCUGAUAAUUGUGAACAUGCCUAUGUGAAGUUGGUGUAUCUUUGGGCUUUUCUUAUUUCCUGGCUACAGACUUGUUGAAGCAGUACACUGGGCUGAAGACAAAAGUAAUGGCUGCUUUUCAGUAGAGAGAUGGAUUUAAAGAAAAUAUGUAAAGUAUUAAGGAUUUUCCUCUCUAAAAUCGGGGGUUUAGCUGUCUCUUGUUAGUAAGAUAAUGCUGUCUGUAACACAGUCUGAUUUUUAGAAAUUCAACCUCUUUCUUCAGUGCAUUAUUUGUAUUUCAAACUGGACAUUUUCACCAAAACCUUAAUUAACUUUGAUGCCAAAGGUUGGGACUUCAUCAAGUGCUUAGCACAUAGAGCUUCAGACUACUGGCAUAAAGAGUUAAUGAUCUAUAUGUGAUGUUUAACGACUUUUAAAAGAACCAAACUGAGCAAUAUUCUUUUUGGUCUUUUAAGAGUGGACACUUUAGAAGAACUAAAGAGUAGAAUUACUACAAAAUUGCUAUUUCGUGCUGCCAUGUAACAAUUCUUGAGGCUCAUUCUAUCGAGGGAAUAUGUGAAUUUUCAUUCCUGUGUUGCUUGGCAGUGUCAAUGGUUAUUUUCUCCCUUGUAAAGAUGUAGAGAGUUCUUGUUACUGGUUUUGGUGAAAGUAGAAUCCAGAUAGCAAUGGCUGCUGGCUGAUGUGAAGAGGUCAGUCUGGUCACUGAACCCUCCAGCAGUCAUUUGAAAGAAAAGUAAACUUACUUGAAAAAAAAUUUACUAAAGCAUUUUCCCUCUAACCAAUUUUUGUAAUAUAUUAAAGAUUAUAUUUAAAGUUUGUAUGUGUUUGCUCUGGGCAAGUUUACUUCCCCUUCAACUUGAGCACUUUUGUUACUUGUACUGGUUAUUUUUAUUGUUGGUCUUAACAUUUAUUUUGUAUUUUGUUUUUUAUAAACUGUAACAAAAAGCUUUUGUGAACCUUUGUUUGUUGCUGGCUCUUUCUUGGACCAAAUGAACUGACUAUGAGCUGGCUUAGAAGAAAUGUUCAUUGGGAUGCAUAGGAAUUUGCUAGCAAAAAUGUACAUGUAUUGAAAGUUUUCUUUCCUCUGAACCUCUAAAGCCACACCUGUCCUGAAAUAAUUAAUCAUAAUUUGAUGUGAUUUUAGUAAUCUGACCACACAUUCUCUGUCUAGGCCCAAAAUAAUGUCUGUAACAAUGGCAGGACUGAAUCUGCCUCCAAACACCAAACUAGUUCUUUGGCUGGUCACUCCUGAGUACCUUUCUGAUUAAUAAAAGGCAGUGCUGCCAUUUAUUAAAAUUCUGUUCAGUUGCAAACUUGCUGUAAAAUAAGCUGCAGAAUUUGGUGAGGGAUUGCUGGCACAUCAACCUAACCACUCUUGCUCUAUGCUUAAUUUUAUGUGCCAGUAAGAAGGGCCAGGUUGUGAAUUUCUCUCAUUCAUUGUAAGCUAUACAAUGAGCAACUGCAUUUGAUGAGGUUUUUUAGAAUCCCAUCUUCAUUUCCCACUGGUGUUGUGGCCAGUCAGAGUGGUCUGCUUUGCAUGCAGUCUUCUGCAGUCCAGAGGAGAGGAAGGGGAAUGGAGUUUAUAAAAUAUCUUUGAAUUAAAAUCUGGUUUCAGAGGUUCUGACAAGUGGGCAUCACCGUGCUUGUUACCAGGUGCUCAUCUGUGUUUCUUACUGGUGUGUCAAGAGUUUGUGGGUGCUGUGUACCAUUUUUGGUGGACUUAUCCUUCCCUCAGAGUAAUGCUUGUGGAGUUUUUUCUGCACGCUCAUCUCAGCAGUCAGAUUGCAACAGUGACCUAGAGUCCCACCGACCCAAUUCCCAACAUCUCCACCCUUUGCUAAGGGUGAUGGGUGGAAGAAGCUGUUGAAUUGUUGUCCACCUUUUUGGACACUUCAUGGAGACUCACAUUAAGCCAACCAGCAGCAUAAACACUGCAAAAAGAACAGACACUUCAGAGGUUUCUUUUGAAAGGACUGUUACAAAUGGUUUGAGGCAUAAAGCAUGAGUUGUAAAUGGCAGUUUGAGUUGUGCCUCAUUGUUUCUUAAACUUUACAAUGCUUUCUUUUACAGGUGACAUGGCUGUGUUGCUGUUUUGUCCUAGCAAUACUGUACAUCAUUUGUUGUUUCACUAUAUUGUAUCUACUUGAGGUAUCACAAUAAUAAAAGCUUUCAAUUGUU